UCCACCUUACUUCCGGUCACUGCAUUCCGUUCCACACACAGGAAGAUCAGGUGAUGGUUGGUUCUAAAUCGCGGUUCUAGCAUCUACCAUCAGGUUAACACAGUAGUGAAGAAGACUUCUGGUGAGUGUGAGACACCCAGCAGCCAUCACAUUGUGUGUAGGACUGAGCAGGACCCAGAGCCCCAUCACGGUGCCUCCAUCUCAGUCACUGACACAUGAGAGACACAAUGAUCAGAAGAUCCUGGAACUCACCAACAAGAUCAUUCAGCUGCUGACUGGAAAGGAGGAGGAGUAUAUAGAGGAACACAGGGGUCUGUACAAGGACGUGAUGAUGGAGAAUAACCGGCCCCUCACAUCACUGGAUGGGCCCAGUAACAGAGAUACCCCAGAGAGAUGUCCCCGUCCUCUGUAUUCCCAGGACUGUACAGAGGAGAAUCACAGGAUCCCACAGGAGGAUCAGGAUGACUGUCUGACUGAUAUAAAGGCAGAAGAUAUAGAGGGAGAAGAAGAGACGUAUGUGACUGAUAUAAAGGCAGAAGAUAUAGAGAGAGAAGAAGAGACGUAUGUGACUGAUAUGAAGGCAGAAGAUAUAGAGGGAGAAGAAGAGACGUAUGUGACUGAUAUAAAGGCAGAAGAUAUAGAGGGAGAAGAAGAGACGUAUGUGACUGAUAUGAAGGCAGAAGAUAUAGAGGGAGAAGAAGAGACGUAUGUGACUGAUAUGAAGGCAGAAGAUAUAGAGGGAGAAGAAGAGAUGUAUGUGACUGAUAUGAGGGGAGAAGAAGAGACGUAUGUGACUGAUAUGAAGGGAGAAGAAGAGACGUAUGUGACUGAUAUAAAGGCAGAAGAUAUAGAGGGAGAAGAAGAGACGUAUGUGACUGAUAUAAAGGCAGAAGAUAUAGAUGGAGAAGAUGAGACGUAUGUGACUGAUAUGAAGGCAGAAGAUAUAGAGGAAGAAGAGGAGACGUAUGUGACUGAUAUAAAGGCAGAAGAUAUAGAAGGAGAAGAGAUGUAUGUGACUGAUAUGAAGGCAGAAGAUAUAGAGGGAGAAGAAGAGACGUAUGUGACUGAUAUAAAGGCAGAAGAUAUAGAGGGAGAAGAAGAGAUGUAUGUGACUGAUAUAAAGGCAGAAGAUAUAGAUGGAGAAGAAGAGACGCAUGUGAGGAGUUAUCAGCAGUGUAAGGAGGAGGAGAUCCCUACAGAUAUCAGCACAGCAGAUGGACCCACAAGCAGGAAUAUCUCAGAAGUACAUCUAAUGUUAUCCCUGGAUUGUGAAAUAACAGAUAAUGACAGUAGACAGGAUUCUCCAGGAGAUAAUCCCAUUACCCCAAUUAUACAUCCAGCUCUAUCAGCUGAUCACCCUGAUCCUGGGAAAUGUUCUCCUGAUCACUCUGAUAUUGGUGCAUCUAUUACAGCUCUGAGAGUAGAUACAGAGUUUCCCUGUUCUACAGAUGCCAAAUGUUUUACACAGAACACAAACCGUAUUACUCAUCAGCCAGCUAAGGCAGGUGAGAGGCCAUUUCCAUGUUCUGAGUGUGGGAAAUGUUUUACAUAUAAAUCAAAUCUUGUUACACAUCAGAGAAGUCACACAGGUGAGAAGCCGUAUUCCUGUUCUGAGUGUAUGAAAUGUUUUGCACAGAAAUCAGAUCUUGUUACACAUCAGAGAAGUCACACUGGUGAGAAGCUAUUUCCAUGUUCUGAGUGUGGGAAUUUUUUUACAAAUAAAUCAAAUCUUGUUACACAUCAGAGAAGUCACACAGGUGAAAAGCCGUAUUCCUGUUCUGAGUGCUCAAAAUGUUAUACUCGGAAAUCACAACUUGUUAGACAUCAGAGAAGUCACACAGGUGAAAAGCCGUAUUCCUGUUCUGAGUGUAUGAAAUGUUUUGCACAGAAAUCAGGUCUUGUUACACAUCAGAGAAGUCACACAGGUGAGAAGCCGUAUUCCUGUUCUGAGUGCUCAAAAUGUUAUACUCGGAAAUCACAACUUGUUAGACAUCAGAGAAGUCACACAGGUGAGAAGCCGUAUUCCUGUUCUGAGUGUAUGAAAUGUUUUGCACAGAAAUCAGAUCUUGUUACACAUCAGAGAAGUCACACUGGUGAGAAGCCAUUUCCAUGUUCUGAGUGUGGAAAAUGUUUUGCAGCGAAAUCAAAUCUUGUUACACAUCAGAGUAGUCACACAGAUGAGAAGCCAUUUUCCUGUUCUGAGUGUGGGAAAUGUUUCACACAGAAAUCAGCCCUUGUUACACAUAAGAGAAGUCACACAGGUGAGAAGCCAUAUACCUGUUCUGAGUGUGGGAAAUGUUUUUCAUCUAAAUCAGUUCUUGUUAGACAUCAGAGAAGUCACACAGGUGAGAAGCCGUAUUCCUGUUCUGAGUGUGGGAAAUGUUUUGCACAGAAAUCAGUUCUUGUUAAACAUCAGCGAUUUCACAGGUGAGAAGCCAUUUUCAUGCUGUGAGAGAAAUAAAUCCGCUCUUGUUGAACAUAUUAGACAUUACCCAAGCACAAACCCAUUUAAAUCUUCUGGAGUAUAAUUAUCACUGUCAUGCAAUGUUCCUCAAGGGUCAAUCCUAUCUCCUAUGCUUCAUGCAAUAUACAGUCUGGUCCAUAUAUAUUGGGACAUCGACACAAUUCUCAUAUUUUGGGCUCUAUACACCAUCACAAUGGAUUUGAAAUUAAACAAACAAGAUGUGCUUUACCUGCAGAUUUUCCACUUUAAUUUGAGGGUAUAUACAUCAAAAUCAGGUGAACUGUGUAGGAAUUAAAAUGGUUUUUAUAUGUGCCUCCCACUUUUUAAGGGACCAAAAGUAAUGGUACAAACUAAACAAUCCUAAAUCAAAUAUUGUAAAUCAGAUCAGUGCGCUCGUCCAGUUCAACAAAAAGUACUUUACUACUUAAUGUGGUCGCAGCCCGGAUCAGUGUUUCGUGAAUUGAGCUUUGACAUAUUUUCCAAGGCGAUCUGAUUACCAUCUCCUAGAUGAAGACCUGGAUACAAUAUCCAUACUGAUAUGCAAAUAUUUAUUUAUCUGGUACGCAUAUAAAUUUUGUGGUAACUGAAUUUAAUCCCACAUAUGGAAAUAUACUACGCUAUAUAGCGAUUCUUUGUGUCUCCUAGCAGCAUUUAGAUCCCAGUAGUAACCUGGACUAAAGAAUGGGGGAUUGAUACGCCAUGUGUCAAGCCGUAAUCCGUACGCUAUAAUAUUCUUGCGUGUGACAAAACUAGUGAUGAGCGGAUUCGGUUUUACUCUGUUCUCAAAACGGCAUCUUAUUGGCUUACAGAUGUCAUGUGUUUUGUAUAGCCAAUAAGAUUCUGUUUUGAGAUCCGAGUAAAACCGAAUCCGCUCAUCACUAGACAAAACUGAUUGAAAAAUACUACACCAUAGUCGCUCUCUUGUUUCUUCCUUUGUUUCCAGAAUCCUAAAUCAAACUUUUACUUUUUAAUACUUUGUUGCAAAUCCUUUUGUCAGUUACAGCUUGAAGUCUGGAAAGCAUAGACAUCACCAGACGCUGGGUUUCAUCCCUGGUGAUGCUAUGCCAGGCCUCUACUGCAAAUGUCUUCAGAUCCUGCUUGUUCUUGGUGCAUUUUCUCUUCCGUUUUGUCUUCAUCAAGUAAAAUGCAUGCUCAAUCGGAUUCAGGUCAGGUGAUUGACUUGGCCAUUGCAUAACAUUCCACUUAUUUGCCUUAAACGCUUUGGUUGCUUUCGCAGUAUGCAUCGGGUCAUUGUCGAUCUGCACUGUGAAGCGCCUUCCAGUGAGUUCCGAAGCAUUUGACUGAAUAUGAGCAGAUAAAAUUGCCCAAAACACUUCAGCAUUCAUCCUGCUGCUUUUAUCAGCAGUCACAUUAUCAAUAAAUACAAGGAAACCAGUUCCAUUGGCAUCCAUACAUGCCCACGCCAUGACACUACCACCACCAUGCUUCACUGAUGAGCUGGUAUGUUUUGGAUCAUGAGCAGUUCCUUUCCUUCUCCAUACUCUUUUCUUCCCAUCACUCUGGUACAAGUUGAUAUUUGUCUCAUCUGUCCAUAGGAUGUUGUUCCAGAACUGUAAAGGCUUUUUUAGAUGUUGUUUGCAAACUCUAAUCUGGUCUUCCUGUUUUAUUGCUCACCAAUGGUUUACAUCUUGUGGUGAACCCUCUAUAUUCACUCUUGUGAAGUCUUCUCUUGAUUGUUGACUUUGACACAUAUACACCUAUCUCCUGGAGAGUGUUCUUGAUCUGGGCAACUGUUGUGAUGGGGUUCGUGCUAUUUAGUACACUAGUAGUGUACUAAAUAGCACGAACAGCUUGUAACGUAGAGUGGCAAGUUUAAUCUUUCUAUGUAUAAUGGAGAGAAAUAAAAGCUUCUCCCUAAGUUCCUGGAUGCCAAAUCACUGUCCUUAGUAUCUCUGUACAGUUUUUUCUAUUAGAGUACUAAUUAGCACGAACAUCUUAUAAUGUACAACACAGAUUCUCACAACACAGAUUCUCUAACGCCGACGAUCUACAGUACUGUGUUGCUCGAACAGUUAGUUGCGUCAGAAUACACUAAUUUAUAUUUACUGGUAUGUCUAUACGUGCUCAUUACCGCUGUGUAUUUUAGGUAGUGAAUGAGUCACUCCUGCAGAUUUACCCCGAUUUGUGUGAAACCUGUGUGCACCCUUCUGUUGAAUGUUUUACAAUGGAUUACACAGAAAAAAUAAUAAAGUGAAUGUCACUGGAACACAAAAAAAAUUGACACUUUGGGAAUCGAACCGGUACUCAGCGUGGCAGACCGGAGCCUUCAUCGCUAGCCCACAGCACUGCAUGGAAGAUUCUCAAGUUCAUGUGUAAAAGUACUGCAAAGAGCGAUUCCUUCCCAUUGGUGUUUGUUUAUGCCGUUAGGGGACUCGGACACUCAUUUUGUGCACUGUACAUACUGUAAAGUCAAUGAGCUACAUUAUUCCUUUCACACAUUAGUUGUGUCUGCAUACACAAGUGUUUUAACACGUUCAUUUGCGUCUGUAUAAACUAUACACACAGGGAUUUGGCAUCCAGAAACUUAGGGAGGUGCUUUUAUCUCUCCCCAUUAUACUUAAUACUACGGGAUUUGGACACUCGCAUAUCCCUAACAUCAAUAGACCAUACUGUAUCUGUAACACGUUCAUUUGCAUCUGUAUAUGCUGUACUAUUUGCACCUGUACUGUAUAUACUGUUAUAGACUUUAUGACAUAAUGUAGCGUAAUGAGACGCACCAGUAAAGUAGUUCUUACGCUGUAGUUCAGUAUUGUAUUUUAAUGGAGACCACACGCUUGCGCAUUGGUGAUUUAAAAAAGCGACAUCUGGUGGAUGAUCUUAGGUAUUACACUCAAAGGUAACGCCAAACGCUCAGUGUGCCUUCCUACGACUAGGCGCGCCUCCUUGCGCCCAGGUACGCUGCGUAUGCCUGAUCGCGACUAACGCCUCAGCCAGCCAAGAUAACGGAGGACCCGUCUGUAUAUUUAGUUCCUAAAUAAUACAUCCCAAAUGCUUAGGUCUUUUUUCUGCUGUUUAUUUUGUAUCUUGUGCUUUGUGUAAAUGUGAAUGUCUAAUACCAGUUUCCACAAUCUGUAUUGCUGCACGACAAUAUGGCGGCCAUUGGAACGUGUUUUCACUUCUAGUUUGCCUAACUUGUUGCAGACACUCAUCUUGAUCAGGAGUGCUGAGUGUUUUCUGAUACAAGAUCCUAUCCGUAUAUACCCUGUACAUUAUCAUGUGCAUUAGAGUCACCCGGGUUCCAUCUGCGGUGGUUUGUUGUAUGUUACAUCUAUAUGGUGCGGAUACUCCUCUGUAUGAUUUCAUAAUAAAAGCUUUUGAUUGCAUCUAA